UACGGUUUAAGAAAACGACAGGACAAGAUGAUCAAAAACCAUAGGAUAUGCGUAGCUUACAAGGAGCCUAUAGGCUUCGGUUUGCAGAUGACUUAUCUGGUAUGUCGCAUUACGUGGGAAGACUGCAUUGUAGCCUAUUUAUUCUCCACAACACAGCAUUAUAAACCUGGGAGUGGCUUGACGGGUCGGUGUAGCCUACUGCUCAACCCAUACCCUAUCAGGAGUUUCCGGUAAAGAAGAGCAGAAAAUCAAAUUGGCUUUUUCCACCACCUCAGGCUACCUGAAGCCGAAACGGAUUUUAAGAAUGAGAUAUUACAGGUUAGCAAAAUAUCUACUCCUGGCUGGAUUAAUAGCUUUUUUAGUGGAAACUCUUUUGAACAUCGUAUAUGAAUCCAAGGGAAAAAGAAUCAGUCAGCACACGCCGAUUGCGGAGGACUUGUACAAAGUUGUAUCACCGUCAACUUAUGAAUACAUCUUGAACCAACCUUCAGCGUGUGAACACUAUCCUCAUCUGGUGUUGAUGGUUCCGGUAGCACCUGGUGAUAGCGGGUCGAGGGACGCCGUUAGGAAUUCGUGGGGACAACGAGAUUUGGUCUCUAAUAUCAAAAUUGUCCAACUCUUUUUCGUUGGUGUCUUGACAGGAGAAGAGGGGAAGAAUGCAAUAAACGCUCUUACUGAAGAGAACUUGAAGCAUAAUGAUAUCAUUCUGAUGGACUUUCUGGACAGCUAUCACAAUCUGACUGUGAAGACUAUGAUGAUGAUGAACUGGCUUGCCACUUAUUGCCAGAGUGCCUCUUAUGUUAUGAAAAUUGAUGCAGAUAUUUUUCUUAAUGUUUAUUACCUCAUCAACAUGUUGCCUUUUCCUGCUAAAAAGAAUUACAUCACUGGCUCAGUCAUCAGUGAUGGCAUGCCUCGCAGGGAUGCAAAAAGCAAAUGGUAUUUGUCACAGGACAUCUAUCCAGAUACUUCAUUUCCACCCUAUGUUUCAGGGGGUGGGUACGUGUUCUCAGCAGACCUUGCAGCAAAGAUAUCAAUGGCUUCAAGAUUUGUGCGACCAAUUCCAUUAGAAGAUGUCUAUGUGGGAUUAUGUCUGAAUAUACUGGGUGUCAGGCCUGUGUAUGGCAGAAGCAUGUUUUGGCUGCGAAAUCUGUUUGAAGUACGUCACCUGGACUAUGACAGAUGCACUUUUGCCAAACUUGUCCUAGUUGUAGACUUUCCUCCAUCUGAGCUCUUGAAACACUGGCCAGAUUUUCAAAAAAACAAUGGUACAUGUUAAUAGCCUAUAUAUCCAGCUGUUAUUAUGAAGCGUGACUUAUGACUCAAGUAGCAUUGCACUGAAUAGAAUUAUUAUUUAUUUAUCUAUACUCCCCAGGGGAUAUGCACUCCAAAUACCUCUUUUUCUCUCCCAAAUGCUGGAUAGGUUUGUUUGUUUGUUUUUCUUUGGAUAAUUCUACCUCAAUAUGUAUUUUAAUGCAACUGUGUAAAUAAGUGCCUUGUGUUUUGCCUUAACUACAGCUUUCCAAAUAAUUUGAUAAUGAUAUGUGUGGCAGAGUGGCCUCAUCAUUAAAGCGGGUAGUCACUCA